GGUGUCUCUCCCUCCUCCCCACCUCUCUCUUUCUCUGGCAGUCUCUCGGGAGGAGGGGGACUGUCUCUCUCUACACGUCAGGGGGGUCAUUAAUAACCAAUUAGGAGGGUCAUCCAGGCCCCUAUAAGAGGGAAGGGCUGAGGCGAGGAGGAGAGAUCCGCAGUGUGAGGAGGUAGAGGCGGGUGACACGUGACUCCGCAGCACUACAAGUACCAGCAGGCUCAGCAGACCCAUGAUGGGCUCAGUGCUCCCCGCAGAAGCUUUGGUCCUGAAGAGCGGCCUGAAGCCCCCGGGACUGUCCCUGGCGGAGAUGAUCACCUCGGACAUCUUACACAGCUUCCUGUACGGCCGAUGGAGGAACGUCCUGGGGGAGCAACUGUUCGAGGAGAAGAGCAACCACAUCGGCCCCAAGACGGCGUUCACUGCCGAGGUGCUGGCACAGUCCUUCUCCGGAGAGGUCCAGAAGCUCUCCAGCCUGGUUCUGCCCACAGAGGUGAUCAUCGCCCAGAGCUCUAUACCCGGCGAAGGCCUCGGGAUCUUCUCCAAGACCUGGAUCAAAGCCGGAACCGAGAUGGGGCCCUUCACCGGCAGAGUCAUCUCCCCGGAACAUGUGGAUCUGUGCAAGAACAACAACCUGAUGUGGGAGGUCUUUAAUGAGGACAGCACAGUGCGGUAUUUUAUUGACGCCAGUCAGGAGGAUCACCGCAGUUGGAUGACAUAUAUAAAGUGCGCCCGCAACGAGCAGGAGCAGAACCUGGAGGUGGUACAGAUCGGGAACAGCAUCUUCUACAAGGCCAUCGAGACUAUCCCUCCGGACCAGGAGCUGUUGGUUUGGUACAGUAAUUCUCAGAGCACCUUCCUGGGUAUUCCUGGCGUGCCGGGCAUAGAGGAGGAGCAGAAGAAAAGCAAACACGAUGACUUCGGAGGCGGCGAUACCAACGGCCCCGUCCUGUCCGGCCGCAUGCGCUGUGUCAUCUGCCAUAGAGGCUUCAACUCGCGCAGCAAUCUGCGCUCCCACAUGCGGAUCCACACCCUGGACAAGCCCUUCGUGUGCCGCUUCUGCAACCGUCGCUUCAGCCAGUCUUCCACCCUACGGAACCACGUGCGACUGCACACUGGGGAGCGUCCGUACAAAUGCCAGGUCUGCCAGAGCGCCUACUCACAGCUGGCCGGCCUCCGCGCCCACCAGAAGAGCGCCAGGCACCGCCCGCCAAACGGCUCCCUGCAGGCUCACUCCCCCAACCUCCCCGUCCCACACCCGGCGUCCCUGGCGCACCACAUCCCCACCAUGGUGUUGUGAAGAAAGAUGUUUAGAGACUUUUGGUGGCGCCGUCCGUCAACAUUUAGCGCUUCUAUUUCGACGACCAACCUGACAAUCCUUGCAACAAUCAUAGCGGUGGACACAAGUUCAUUAAAAAAGUAUCCACUAGACCAGUGUGUCCCAAGCAGGGUGCCUCCAGCUGUUGCAAAACUACAACUCUCAGCAUGCCCGGACAGCCAACGGCUGUCCGGGCAUGCUGGGAGUUGUAGUUUUGCAGCAGCUGGAGGCACCCUGCUUGGGAAACACACCGCUAGACCAUCAAAGAUGACAUCAUUGCAGUCGCCAAGUCGCCAUUAUAACGGUUUUAAUCAUAGCCCAACAAAAAAAAUAAUAAUAAUAUUCAAAGUUUGGGAAUUUUUUUUUUCAUUUUUUAUUUAUUUAUUUUUUUUAUUCUCCAAUUCCGUCCAGACGACGGUUUUUCCGCUUUCACAUCCUAAGACUUGAUGUAUAUACGAGUGUAUAAAGAAAAUAAAAUCUAUAAAUCUCUAUAUAAAUAUCUAUACAUAUCUAUACAUAGGCAGCACGUAUAGAUUCUAUCUAUGACCUCUAUAGUAAAUAUAAAUAUAUAUAUGUGUAUACAUUGGAGGAACGUGUCACUUUAUACCCUGUAAAUAUUCUAUGUAUAUUCUUUGCUGUUAUCAGCAGAAAUCCUCUGUAUUAUACCUGUAAGUAAUUUGUACCUCUCUGUAUCUAUCAUAUAUUCCCAAUAAAAGGAGGAAAUUUA